UAUCAGAUUUUAUGCAUUUUCAGUUUUUCACUAAAAUCUCAAAAACAUAUUCCCCCUCUUUUCCCUUUUGAUUAGGCUAUUUGGGGCUUAGGGUUUUUGAGCAAAAAAAUUUGUCGAUUUUAGUGCACAAUGUACGCUGAUCAAAUUGAGGCUCAAGCUAAUAGCCAUAGGUCGGCCAAGGAUCGCCUUGAUGGAAAUUCCGCCGCUGGUCCCGGCCGCCGCAGACCUAUCUUCGGCAAGAGGUCGAAAGGUUGGUGCCAGAGAUCUUCGCCUGAAGCUCCAAAGAAAGAGUAUUGAUCAAGCUUCACAAAGUGUGCGAGGACCUGGAGGUGGAAGGGAUCUACGUGAGAAGCUCUCUGGUGCGCUCUAUUCUCGUCCUGUUGAGUACAAGCCUCCAGCUGUGCGGCCAAAGCCUGCAAUCGAAUCCAGUAAACCACCUAGGAAGAGUGUCAUAUCUCAAGCCUCUGCACAAGAAGUAAAGGUUUCUAGCUCUGUAUCAAAGAAAAAGGUUCAGCAGAAGGUCAAUUCUGUGGAAAGUUUCCUGCAGUCUCUGGGUCUCGAUAAAUAUUCGAUUACAUUUCAGGCUGAAGAAGUCGAUAUGGCAGCACUAGUACACAUGAGUGAUGAUGAUCUUAAAGCUAUGGGAAUUCCGAUGGGUCCAAGAAAAAAAAUACUUCUGGAAUUGGAGUCGAAGCGUGAAGCCUGAGUGCAGCAAGCCCAUUUUGGAUUCUUUUAUGAGUGGCCGUAUCAAUUGUUGGUGAGCCAUAAGCAAGGUUUUCAUUUUUUUGUGUUUCUACAACUUCCAUGGUAAUUAGUUAUCUAUUGUAGUUUCAGGUUUUUGUUGGUGAAAGUUUGGCUUGAACGAGAUAUAAAUCAUAUAUAUUCGAACCUUUAGAUGUUCAGUUGGUCAUUUGUUGCAUAAUGAUCUUAUGAUAUUCAAUCAAAUAAAAACCUUGUUAUAGUG